AAGUAACGCGCAAGCAGUUGAAGUCGCGUCGCGAGUUGCCGAACCAAAAGUCAUUGUCUUGUUAACGUUAUUGCUUGUCGCCAACUUUCGUGCUGGCUCUAUUAUUUGUCAGUUUUAAUGUAAUUUAAUAUCCAUAGUGUUGUUGUGUCUGUUUAAUAUUUUGAACCCAAAGGAUACAAAAUUCCAGGAUGGCCUGGACAAGUUACCAGAAGUUCUUAGCUGUAAUGCUGGUAGUGACUGGGUCCAUUAACUCUUUGAGUACAAAAUGGGCAGACAAAUUACAAGCCAAGGGUUCCGAUGGACAGAUACGGGAAUUUGAACAUCCAUUUCUUCAGGCGGCGGCUAUGUUCCUUGGAGAGAUGCUGUGCCUGCUGACGUUUAAAUUGAUCUACUACAAGACGAAGAACACUGGAGGACAUGCUCUCACCAAUGGCAAUCAGAAUUUCAACCCGUUCAUCCUGAUGCCGGCUGCAAUGUUUGACCUGAUUGGAACUUCGAUCAUGUACAUCGGUUUGACGCUAACCUACGUCAGCAGCUUCCAAAUGUUCCGAGGAUCUAUCAUCAUCUUCGUUGCUGUUCUCUCCAUGACUUUCCUGGACAGAAGAAUCAUUCGACGCGAGUGGGCUGGCAUUGGGUUCGUGAUUAUAGGUUUAAUAGUAGUCGGUGUUACGGAUGCUCUAUACCAAUCAGCUGGCGAGGCUAAAGGAAGGAACAGUCUGAUCACCGGGGACCUUCUCAUCAUUGUUGCUCAAGUCAUCUCUGCUUGCCAGAUGGUUUACGAAGAAAAAUACGUCGCUGGUCUAAACAUUCCCCCUUUGCAAGCUGUAGGAUGGGAAGGUGUAUUCGGUUUCUCCGUACUGUCUUCUCUCCUAGUCGUGUUCUACUGGACUCCAGCCCCUCCACACUUUGGUAACAACGCUCGAGGAACCGUUGAAGAUGCUAUUGACGGACUGGUGCAAAUCGGCAACAACCCCCUGAUCUUAGUGGCGACAUUGGGCACGAUCAUUUCUAUUGCUUUCUUCAACUUCGCCGGCAUCAGCGUCACUAAGGAAAUCUCUGCCACUACCCGAAUGGUCCUAGAUUCUAUUAGGACGUUCGUGAUCUGGAUGGUGUCGUUGGCGGUGAGGUGGCAAGCUUUCCACUGGCAGCAUCUGAUCGGGUUUGCAAUCCUGAUCUUUGGCCUGUGCGAGUACAAUGGCGUGGUACCGAGUUGCCGUCGCCCCGCCCCUGAGCCCCUCACCGAUGACGCUGAGAGCCAGGCCGUGAACACCGAGCCUGAGCCGACAGAUCACGAUAAUGAGGAACAAUAGGUAAAGCAUUCUUUACCAAUUCAGUGUCCACCCCCAACAUAUCAAACGCACACGAGGAAUUUGGACUGGCCACUGAAUUUGUAAACGAAUAUAAAGUGAGAAACGGUAAUGCAGUGUAACUUAUACGGGGAACAUUGAUAUUUUGAUGAUGUUUACUAGAAAAUUUAAGGAAUUAUAGUACGGUAGUACGUUUAUACUACUCAAUGUAUAGUUCGCUCGAUAAUGUGUAUUCAGUGUGUGAGGAUCAUGUGUUUUAUAAAUUGGUGUUCACAUACAUACAUUUUCAUUAUAUUUCAUGACUAGCAAAAUAAUCUUUCUUGUUAAAGCCUGUCCGCAUUGCGAAGUAAAAUUAACGCGGAUUUGUUCUAGCACUGUAUCGCGUCUGUGUGAAGUCAAAGAAUAUUUUUCACGCGAUUUUUAUUCCGCCCUGCAGACUGGCUUGCCUGUUAAAUUUUUAUGCAUAAAUGAAAUGUAACUUACAACAUGGCCGUUAAUGUAUUUAAUAUAGUUGUAACACAUAGUACAUUAUAUACAUAAAAUCCACUCUUGUCUAAAGGAAAUAAGAAAUCAUUUUCACUAUAUUGGAAUCUUCAUAUAUUUUAUAGGACUAUUGAUGUUUAAAAGAUGUAUGAUAACAGAAUGUGUAAUAAUCGUAUGGUAAACUGUACAGCGUGAAUUUAAAUAACAGCUUUUCUACAACAGAACGAUUUAAGUAAUAUAAUAUAAAGGAAAAAUGUAAUGUUUAUAUUAAUAUAGUAUUAGUUAGUCAGGACGGCGUUCUUAAGACAGUUUAGUAGAUUGUACUUCUGUGACAAAAUCAUUCACAGAAGAACAAUCAAGAAGAACUCACGCUGUGUAUAUUUCAAAUGUAUGUCU